AGGUAGGAAGGGGGAAGGGAUACACGAGAGACUUAAAACUCUUGGGGAGGUCCAUGGCACCUGAUUAUGGUUGAGGGGGAGAACCUGAGAGGUUCAAAGAACAGGAGGGCUCAGUGAGGUUAAGCUAUGACACGGGUUAUGUUGGCAUUCCCGGAUUGGCCUGGGACAACAAUUAUAACCUUCCCCUGGAAAAACGCAGCCUGAGCUCCAAAUAAGCAACUAGUAAAGGAACUUUUCAGAUACUGCCCAUUGAAAUUGAGUUCUCAAACAAUUAACUUCCGAUAGUGGAUCUUGGGGAGAAAGAGAAAGUCCCGGGAAGCACUUGGGACGGCACUGGGGGAGAAAAGAUGGGCCAGAAGCAUAGAGCAUAUUCGGUGUUAAAGCUGGGAAGGCAUUUGUUCCCGGGGUUUGGGGCAGGCAGUGACCUGCUGAAAACCCCCGCCAGCACAGGCACCUCUCCAGAGAUCUGGUAGAAAGACGUCCUGCAUUUCAAGUGAGGAAGUUGCGGACACUCGGGUUAUGCUGACGUCUCAUUCUGAGUUCUUGGGACAGCCUUCCCUCUUAACUUUGCGAGAACCUGGGGCCUCCGUCUGCGUCCACCUUAGAGUCCGUGCGCAAGGGACAGACAGGUCGCUCCACCCCGCCCAGGAUCCGGCGAAGGGGAACGGGCCGGGCUGCGGCUGCCAACUCGCGCCGGGUGCGUGUGUGCGAACUCCCGGAGCGGCGUCCCGCGCCCUGCCUCCGCCCUGCGCGGCGCGCGCUCCUCGCUCCCCGGGCCCGCGGCCUCCCCCGCAGCCCUUCCCCACUUUUCCCCCCUUUGGCAAUCACAUGGCAUUUUAAGAAUGCCGGAAAGAUGGCGGUAGCGGCGGCGGCGGCGGCGGCGGCGGCGGGGCCGAGCGGCGGGGGAGGCGGCCGGGCGCAGCGGAGCGGGCUGCUGGAAGUUUUGGUGCGGGAUCGCUGGCACAAAGUUCUGGUGAACUUGAGCGAGGACGCCCUGGUUCUGAGCUGCGAGGAGGGCGCCGCGGCGUACAACGGCAUCGGGACCGCCACCAAUGGCUCGUUCUGCAGGGGCGCCGGCGGCGCGCAGCCCCCGGACUCGCCCGCCGGGGUCCGCACCGCCUUCACCGACCUGCCCGAGCAGGUGCCCGAGUCCAUCUCCAACCAGAAGCGCGGCGUGAAGGUGCUGAAGCAGGAGCUGGGCGGGCUGGGCAUCAGCAUCAAGGGGGGCAAGGAGAACAAGAUGCCCAUCCUCAUCAGCAAGAUCUUCAAGGGGCUGGCGGCGGACCAGACCCAAGCCCUGUACGUGGGCGACGCCAUCCUGUCGGUGAACGGAGCCGAUCUGCGGGACGCCACCCACGACGAGGCGGUGCAGGCGCUGAAGCGCGCCGGCAAGGAGGUGCUGCUGGAAGUGAAGUACAUGCGAGAAGCCACACCCUAUGUGAAGAAAGGCUCCCCAGUAUCUGAGAUCGGCUGGGAAACACCUCCACCAGAAUCGCCUCGGUUAGGGGGCGGCUCCUCAGACCCUCUGUCCUCGCAGCCCUUCUCCUUCCACAGAGAUCGGAAAAGCAUCCCCCUCAAGAUGUGUUAUGUCACUCGGAGUAUGGCCUCGGCUGACCCUGAGAACAGGCAGCUUGAAAUUCACUCUCCAGAUGCUAAGCACACAGUGAUUCUAAGGAGCAAGGACUCAGCCACUGCCCAGGCCUGGUUCAGUGCCAUCCAUUCCAAUGUUAGUGACCUGCUGACCCAAGUGAUUGCUGAGGUCAGAGAGCAGCUGGGGAAAACAGGCAUUGCUGGGAGCCGAGAGAUCAGACAUCUGGGCUGGCUUGCAGAUAAGGUGCCCGGGGAGAGUGAGAAACAGUGGAAGCCGGCCCUGGUCGUACUGACCGAGAAGGACCUUUUAAUCUAUGACAGCAUGCCACGGAGGAAGGAAGCCUGGUUCAGCCCAGUUCACACGUACCCUCUUCUUGCCACCAGGCUGGUCCAUUCAGGUCCGGGCAAAGGAUCGCCCCAGGCUGGUGUGGAUCUGUCCUUUGCUACUCGAACAGGCACCAGGCAGGGGAUCGAGACACAUGUCUUCAGGGCCGAGACCGGCAGGGACCUCUCCCAUUGGACGAGGAGCAUCGUACAGGGAUGUCACAACUCGGCAGAACUCGUCACCGAGGUCACCACAGCCUGCACCUACAAAAACCAGGCGUGCUGCCUGACCAUACAUUACGAGAAUGGAUUUUCUAUUACCACGGAACCACAGGAGGGUGCCUUUCCCAAGACCAUCUUACAGUCUCCCUAUGAGAAGCUGAAAAUGUCUUCAGAUGAUGGAAUCAGGAUGCUGUAUUUGGAUUUUGGAGGCAAAGAUGGAGAGAUCCAACUGGACCUUCACUCCUGCCCCAAGCCGAUCGUGUUCAUCAUUCACUCCUUCCUGUCAGCGAAGAUCACAAGACUGGGCUUGGUGGCCUGAGCAGGGGGAUGGCUUGCCUUGGAUAGAAGGAGGGCUGCUGUGGGACGUCAGAUGGGCUCCUCGGCGAGCGGGGAGAUGUAGCAUAGCAGGUCUGCCGCGGUCAGCUUUAGAUCCCUGAGUCCUCAGCUGCCCCAGACUUCUCCAUCAGCUUCACCAACUACAAGGGGGUGCCCCAAGAAAAUACCGCAAGGAAUAUCAGGAGAAAAAUGGCUUUUUAGAACGGUAGAAGGGUAAAGAAGUGAGGGGAAUGGGAAUACAUAAGCAUAGCUUUGAAAUCACGACAAUCAAGUACAUGAACAUUAGGACAGCGUGUGCAGAUCUUAAUCAUACCAGUGUCUAGGCAACUGGUUCACCCAGGUAAGCAAGGGCUGACCAGAUGAGAAAUGGACACAUUGACCUCCCCCACCCCCGAUAACAAUGAUCCCUUGUUUUAGUGUGAUUGAUUGCCUACUUCUAAUUGAGUUGACUUUUGCUGGUAAGGAAAGAGAAGUGCUUCAAAUUGGAAACACACCUUUUACUUAAGUAUGAAGCAGCUGUAAUUUUUUUCUUAAUGAAUUAUCUUUCAGUGAUGUACAAUGAGUCUGAAGUAUUCUCAUUAGCAUAUGCCGAGCAGGAAUUAAAUAAAGCGUCAGAUACUGAUCUGAGCUCUGAGCUGGUGAAAUCUGAGCCAAAGUAGACUGUUUAUAGUGCAGAGCUUUGCAGAAGAGUCGUGUGCUUGAAAGAUGAUUAAUCUGGAGACUGCACUCACACCAAGGUGUGUUAUCUUAGAGCCAAGACGGAUAGCUUUACUUACAGAAAGCAAAUUAUGGAUAUUUUUUUAAAAGAUUGUCAUUUGAGAUAUAUAUAAACAUACGUAUAUCUCCUAUAUAUAUAACAUACAUACAUAUAUAUAAAACAGCUCACAUGAGAUUAACUAAUUAUCCCCAUUUCGUGGUUUUCAGUGGAAAUACUGAGCAAUUUAUUGACCCUUGUGCCUGCCUGUGCUCGUAUGCAUGCAUUUUCGAACCAAUCAUAGAGCAGCGCAUAUAAUUCUGGACGAUGAUGGGCUUUACGCAUACACCCAGAGUGGUAAUCAAAUCUGUUGACAGCAUCCGCAGCUCUUAGGAAUUCCAGGGAAAUAAUAUAAUGACCUGAUAUUUUUCUACAAGAAUAUUUUCAGACAACAUAGAGCAUAUUUCUGAUUUAAUGCCUUUAUUUUUACCUUUCAAUACAAAUUCAGUAGAAAGACACCAGUAUCAUUUGAUUUUGGAGUCCCUUUCCUCAAACCUUAAAAAUUAGCUCUAGAGGUUCCGUAAGCAUUUGUAACCCUUCUUCCCCCUGUAAUGUACAUAAAGCAAUGUUCUGGAUUGGACCUAUGCGUUUUUGCAGAACUUUUAGCAAAUACCUAUGCAAAGAGCUUUUAAAAGUGAAACGGUCUUAAAGGAAUGUAAUUUUGCCCACAAGAUGUUUAUUGAGUUACAAAGCUGGUUUUAGAUUUGUGUUUCCCAAAGUGUCUGUCAUGUAACGCUAGUUCCAAAGGGUGUCGACAGACAUGUUUUGUUGGGGGAGAAUAAGAGGUUUGUGUGUUAAAGUGUGUUAAACACCAAGGUAAGAAAUGUUAAACAGAUUUCAUGAUUGUGGGCCCCCUCAAGGGCUUUAAUGUAUACACUGAGAUUCUUCAAGGGGGGACCCGUGUACUAUUCAAACAUUUCUAGAACUCCUUUCUGUCAGGGCAUCUUGUUGAAACUGGUGUUUAAAAAAAACAAAACAAAACAAAACAAAACAAAACAAAAAACACUUUGGAAACAGCUUUAGGACACCGAUUUUUCUUUUUUCUUUCUUCUCUUCUUUUCUUUUCUUUCUUUUUGGUUUCUUAUUUUAAAAUGCUGAGGAGUGAAGUCCCACCCUGAAUACUACGGGAAAGCUUUGAUGCAUUUGUAAAUUAUACCGAACUCUUUCAUGACAUAUUUUCGAAGUCACUGGAAUGUUGUUAUACAAGAGAAUUAUACUUAUGCAUUGUAAAUAACAUUGAAAUACAUACAUUAAUGCCAAUAGUUCAACAAUGUAAUCUAAGGUGCUCAUGACUACAUGAAGUAUGAGUUAAUUGCUCAUAAUUAAAUUGCAAAGAUCCUAUUAUAUAUUUAUAGACAAAUUAAAAUGAUAAUUACAAAUAUUUCUUCAUCACAUUAAGUUUUAGACUGAUUAAUAUCUGGGUGGGGGUCAACAAACUCCAUUCUCUGCAUUUACAAAAACUUAAUUUAAAUAUUUAUAUUUUAGAAAAUAUACAUUUGAAUAAAUUUAUGCAUUUUCUGAAUAAAAAUGUGUUAUUAGCAAGAAAUAGACAAUUUUACUAAGAGAAUUGUGUAUACGAAUCAUUUUUUUUUCCUUCACAGUUAAAGUGUAUCAUAUCUGAGUGGCUAUGAUGAAUCAAUUUCAAGUACUCAUUUUUCCUCGUUCUGAAUUCAGCAAAUUACAAUGAUUUUAUACUGUAGAUUUUAAUCUUGUCUUGAUGUGUGUUAUGGAUGUUGUGAAAGACACAAAAUCCUAUGUCUGGAUACAGUCACUGCAUCAUUUUGGGGAAUUUGUUUUUGUCCAAUCUGCUUUGUGCUCAGUCCAUUUCUUAUUUGAAUCAAUGAAUUAUUAAAUUCACAUUUGUCCCUUUAAGGGUAAAUCAAUACAAAUGAUUGAUGUUUUAACUGUACUUACUGGGAAGCUACCCAUUUUGCUGGUAGAUGUGGUUAGGUGAUCCCUAAGCAUCCCAGGGAUUUGAAGAAGGCCAACAGGAAUAUAGAAAGCAAUCUCUUUCCUGACUUGAACUAAGUAGAAGAAAAAAAUCAUAAACGUCUUAAAAACAUCCACGUGGAGGCGUUUAAUUAAUUCUAUCAAUUGAUGGAAUUAAAAUGCUGAGAAAUGCAUUCUCCUACAAUUAAUGAGCAGGGCCUUUCGGGCCCUUGUUUUACAAAUAUUAGUCCAUCUUGAGGGGAGUGGGCUGGGGUGAGGGGGUAAUAUUUGAAUGUACCUUGAGUUAAAAAAAAUGUGCCUAUGUUUAUAGCACCAUGGAUAUCAUGUAAACUUUACAUAUGAAUUAAAUAAAUAUUCACCUCUGAA